UAUUUAAUUUCAAUUUAUUUUCAAUUGAUAAGGAAAAGUGGCUUCAGCUUCUGGUCAUUUAUAAUUGUGAAUGAGAACAAAUAAUAAUAAUUGGAGAAGUGAUUGUGUUAUUUCGAUAAGCAAAAUUAUUAAUUGCAGUAAAUUUCUAAUAAAAUUCAAUUGAGCUGCAAUUAAAAUUGUGAUCGUGACGGAGAGUUGACAUUUCAAAGUGAGACGAAUUUGAAAUCAUGGGAAGAGCGACAAAUAUUGAUCAGAUUUUGGGAAAAUGUGGAGAUUUUAAUCGAUACCAAUAUAUGUUGCUUGGAUGCUUUUGUCUUAUAAAUGUUCUUGCUUCGAUGCAUUAUUAUUCGCAGACAAUCAUCAGCUUUGUUCCCGAGCAUUGGUGUUACUCAGAGAAUUUAAAAAAUGCGUCAAUUGAUGAAAUCAGGAAUUUCUAUUCAAGGCAGGCAAAUCCUUCGUGUACGAAAAUCGACGGGAUUGUCAAUGCUAAGUAUCAAGAUUUCUCGUAUGAUACGAGAUGGGAUCAAGAUCCCAAGAGUUUUGAAAGUCGUUUAAAGCGAGACACUUCCGUCGAGAUAUUAAGUCCCUGCAAUCAAUGGAUCUACGAUUAUGAUUUCCUUUUCGGUUAUCGAAGCAUGACAAGCGAAUUGAACUGGGUGUGCCAAAAUACUUGGAAGUCCGUCAUGGGACAAUCGACAUACUUCAUCGGCUCUGUUGUCGGUACACUUGUGCUAGGUAUUCUUGCUGAUAUCAUCGGUCGACUUCCCGUGCUAAUCGCAGCACAUCUAGCUGGAAUCAUAGGGAAUGGCUUGACAAUAUUUGCUACGGAUGAAAUUAGCUUUGCGAUCUGUCGUUUCAUUUCCGGCAUCGCUACAGAUAACAAUUUCGUCAUGAUGUACAUUCUCGUCAUGGAGUACAUUGCCCCGAAAAUGCGAACUGUUGGAUUAAAUUUAUGCAUUGGAAUCUUUUACUGUCUUGGAUCUGUCAUCACACCAUGGCUUGCGGUGUGGCUUGGUAAUUGGAAGCUUUACUUAAUCGCCACAAUCUUACCAGCACUCAUUGUUCCCACGUUCUAUUUCAUCAUUCCCGAAUCUGCACAAUGGCUCAUCUCAAAGAACAAAGUUGAAAAAGCUCUCGUUUGCUAUCAAAAGAUUGCAAAGUUCAACCGAAAAACAUUGGACGAUAACUUCAUCACUGACUUCAAAACUGUUGUUGCUGAUAUCAACGUUAAAAAAGCGGCUGAAGAUAUCAAUCCUAGCAUCAUUGCCCUCUUUAAGACACCGAGAUUGAGAAGAUUAACACUAAUCCUAUUCUUUAAAUCAAUGAUUAUCACGCUAGGAUACGAUGCCAUAUCAAAGAACGUGGAGGGAUUGGGCAUGUCACCUUUUAUACUUUUCUCGUUGAGUGCAUCUGCGAUUCUCCCUGCUUGCUUAGUUCUCUUAGCAUUACAAGAUCGAAUAGGAAGAAAAGCAAUGGCAUCAUCAUCAUUAUUAGUUAGUGGUUUCUUUACCGCAGGCACCGGAAUUAUUCUCGCUUAUCAGAAAGGCUUCGCAGAUCCAAUUCUACUCGCUGUACUUAGUAUAAUUGGUCGGUUUGGCGUGACUGUUGCAUAUAAUUCUGGAGCACAAUACGCUGCUGAACUAAUACCAACGUGCGUUCGAGGUCAAGGUGUUGCCGCAGCUCAUGUUGCCGGUUAUGCUUUGACUUUCUUCAGCACUUACAUUCUUUACACGGCGACCUUUUUCAAAGCAAUGCCAUCACUUAUUCUCGGUGUUUUGAGUUUUGCGGGGGCCCUUUGUUGUCUUUUUUUACCAGAGACACUUAAUCGGAAAACUCCACUUACUUUACAAGAGGGCGAGGAAUUCGGAAAAGGUGAAAAGUUCUUUCACUUUGCGUGCUUUGAUAAGGCUGAACAAAGGAGGGACUCGGUGGCGUUUUCAUAACCUGUUCAUGAUACGCCGACACGAAUUUUACUUUUAUUCAUUAAGUAUUUGAGUGGCCAAAACAAAGUUGCUUUAAUUUUCUCUACAGAAGCUAAUUCCAUGAAAUUAAGUAGAAAAAAUGAUUUUGCUUCGUAAGCAAUUUGAGCUUUCAGUGAGCUUUUCAACAUUUUAAAAGCUUCCUUUUAUUCACAAAACUCUUGACAAUUUUAUUCUAACUUUUAACGUAAAAAUUUGAUAAUAAUAUGCAAGAUAAUAAGCAAUCUACUAAAGAGUAUUAUGAUUAUGAAAAUUCUCCAACAUUACAUUUUAAAAGAUGAAGAAGAUAACAAACAAUAAGUGAUAAAAAAAUAAAAUUAUUUUUUCUAAGAAGAGAAAUAACAAUAAAAAGCUUUUUGAUCUUUUUCAAUUUAGAUGCAAACAACGCCUCGAAGAUUUCUUUUGUUAUUAACAAACAUUCCGUCCUCUACAACGAGAUGAAUUGACGCCUUCGCCAUUUUCUUUAUAAUGACACUUAAGACUUCGCAGGAAAAUGAAUUUUCAGAAAGUCCGAUAGAUUCAAGUUCAGGGAAAAUUGUUUUCACAUCGUCGAGGUUGAUUUGAUCAGCGUAGGAGAUUCCGUUACCAUGAAGAUAAAGAUUGCGAAGACUUUCCAACGAUAACAAAUAAUCUAAAUCAAAAUAUGUCAUUUUAUUGUACGACAAAUCCAAAGUUUGUAAAUUUUGAUUUGAAGAAAAUGCGCCGUAGUCGAUGACGAUUUGAUUCGAUCGCAAAUUUAAA